AUGGAUGACUAUAAACGUUUCUUGCUAUCUCAACUAAUCCAGUUGAUUCAAAGACCUCAUAAGAAUAAAAAAAGGAUUGUUCGUCGUAACAUUGAAAAAGUUUGUAAUAGAGUUGGUUACAAUUUUAAAGUUUCAUAUAAUGGUUGUGAAAAAAUCGCGGAAAUAAUUCGAAACUUUUCGCCUCAAGGAGCAAUAAAUGAAAUUAUAUGUAUCUUACCCACAUUACAAAUUGAUUUGGUUAUUCCUGGUCCACCAACACUCAAGAAACGGCCUAAAAAACGUUCGUCAAAGCUCAGGGAACAAUCCAAACAACAUAUGUCAAGGUCACUUAAAACUUCUCAAGCAAUUAAAAUCGAUUUAGAAGAACGAAAAAAGCUUCUAGGUGCAUCUUUGGACGAAAUUAUUAAUUGGCCACAUUAUCCAUUAAAAAGUUUCUCUUCGGCUUAUUAUUCAGAAUAG